GCGGUUAAACGGCUCCGUAUCGUAGCUCGGCCCUUCAACGCCAAAAUGAAAGCUCGAGUUCCAGAUACCUUUUACAGUUUUGCUUGCUUUGCUCAAGGCUGCUCCUGAUAUCAAAUCCUCUGCUCUGACCUCUUUCACUUGAAAAGCCCUAGGUGUAGUACAAGGGUGACCGGAGAAUAAGAUGAGUGCUGAGGUUGACCAGACAUCUGCAGUUGAACACCACAAGAAUAAGAUGUCUGCAAUAAAUACUUCGUCGGGUGCAUCAACCACUGGUCCAAAGGUCUCUAUAUUUGCUGCAAAGUCUGGAUUUGUCAUACCAAAAAACAAACUAUCAGGUUCAUUGGUUCCAAUCUUCAGAGGAGGUAAGAAGUCAGGAGGCAAUGAUGCAGCCAAUGAAGACAGUAAGAACCAGGAGCUGAGGAAAACGAAAUGGGGUCCAGAUCCAUAUCAGGAUGCUGCAGUUAGAAGGGGAAGAGCCUUAGCAUAUCAGACUCGAGUGGAUCAAAUCACACAAAAGCUGGAGUUGGGAAUUCUGGAACCUGUUGAAACUCAAGACCUACAAGCUGAUCAGAGUGCAGAUCUCAAGUUGUCCAGUCCACCAAUUGACAUCAAGGAGUUGAAACUUGAAAGGCGGGAGAUUAUAGGUGAAAUACUCAAACUGAAUCCAAGCUACAAGGCACCACCUGAUUAUGAACCUUUGCUGAAAGAGGCCUCAGUUCCAAUUCCUGUCAAAGAUCACCCUGGGUGCAAUUUUGUUGGUCUAUUAUUUGGGUCAGGAGGAGAGACUCACAAGCGACUAGAAAAGGAAACUGGAGCUAAAAUACGAGUAUUUGGUACCAAAGCAAAUGCAGGAAAGAAGGUCGAAAUUUCUCCAUCUGAUAUGAAUGAGACCCACUUGGCUUAUGAGGAGUUGUAUGUUCAUGUAUCAGCCGAAACAUUUGAGAAAGUUGAUGAAGCAGUUGCCCUAAUUGAAUUGCUAAUAACCUCAGUAUCAGGAAGUCUAGUGGCCGGGAAUAAUGUGAAUGUUCCAAAUCAAAGUCAGGAGGUAUCUGCUCCUUUUAGAGUCCCAAAUGGUGACCAGGGAGUGACACAAUUAGCAUUUGGACCUGCACAAACUCCUCAACGAGGUCAGUUUCAAUACCAAGGACCAUGGUUACCAUCAGUCUCAGCUCAAGCUCAAGUGCACCCUCCUGGCUUCAUUCCCCUUCGUAAUUCUUCUGUACCAAUUGAUAACAACCUUCUGCAUGUACAAUCACCUUUGACUCCUACAAGCAUGCCCUCACUGUUUGGGCCUCGACCAAUUCCUUCACCUGGGUUCAAUUCAAAUUUUCUAAAUGGGUCUCCUGUUCCUUCCAGGCCACAGCUGCCGAUUCAAGUUCCAUCACAUCCAUAUGCACCAAGAAACCUUCCCAUGCCAGCUCCUCAGCCUUCAUCUGUUCAAUCUAAUGUCUUGGCUUCACUUUCAUUCACUGGUAACCAAGCCCCACCUGCCAUGCCAUCUCCAGUUGCUGGACCAUUAGUGCCAUCAUUGCCUCAGCCUGUGUCAAGUGUUCCACCAGGACCACAAUCUGACAGAUCAUUGACAUCUGUGGGGAGCUCGUCUGGAUGGCCUCUGGCUUCCGGUGGUGUUCCAGCACCUUUAGUUCCAGGUAACAUGGGACAAAUGGUUCCUCCCAUGGGUUCUUUGCAGGGGCCUCGGCCAGUAGUUCCACAAUCAGGUUUUUUGUCUUCUGCACUGCCUUCAACAAUGCCUGCAGCUAAUAUAGUUCCUCCUGUAUCAUUUCCAUCUGCUCCUUCCUCAAUCAAUGUUCUGAUGAAUCAAGUAAGUGGAGCCUCAAGUUUAGUUUCGGUUCUGCCCCCUCAAGUGAGUUCUUCCUCUACACCUCUAUCUCAUGCAUUAAUAAACCCUGUGUCGGGAAGCACGCCAAUUUCUUUGCCAAUGACAUCUGCAUCACAGCCAACUCUGCAGUCUGGAACUGCGGGAUCCUUUCCCGGAAAUGUGUCAAAUCCUACUCUCACACGACCAGCAAUAGCUGGUCCUGCGAUGCAGCAUUCAGGUCCUGGUGAUUUCACUUUUCAACCUUGUCAUCCGCAGAAUCUGGCACCUCAUCUGAGGCCAAGCAAUCAACCUAUGACUCAGGAUCCUCCACUUGCUAGACCAAUGAUGCAACCAUCACCUCCAGCACCAUCUUUCAGGUUGGCUGUGCCAAAUUCAAUUCCUCCACCUGGUAUGCCUGUAUUUCCAAGGUCACAGGUAAGCAAUCAAAUGGGUCAAACUCAGGCUCACAUGUCCGCUAUUCCUUUUGUUGGCAAUUCUGCUGGCCCAGUUCCACCCAGAGUUCCAGCAUUUUCAAAUGCAAGUCCAAUUAUACCUCCAGCUCGAAACUUCAGUCAGGCUGCCCGACUGCCUGAUUUGCCAGGCCCCUUUCCUCCUAGACCAGGGAAUCCCCUACAAGUUCAGCAUAAUUAUCCAGGUCCUAUAACCCCGCGUGGCAAUUUCAUGGGACCAAAUCAACAAUCCAACAGAAAUCUGUCUUUUGCACCUAGUCCUGGAGGGCAACAAAUUUAUGAUCCAUUUUCACCAACCUCUGUUCCUAUAAAGCCUCAACAGCCAGGAGGUAAUCUGUUAAAUGGAAGAAAGCAGGAGACUGACCCUGAAUAUGAAGAUUUGAUGGCCUCUGUCGGAGUAAAGUAAGCGUUUAGAAUGAAUUGGCUAAUUUAGGUUUUUCUGAAACAAACUGUUUCUUGUUUCUCUUUGAAAUGCAACUUCUUGUGAGGUAUAGCGAGUUGUGUUAAAGUGGUCAUAUUUGAAGGAGUAGAACUGGAGAUGACUAUUAUAUUAUGUUUCUAUAAAUCCUCUCCUAAAAUCAACAGGAGUGUUGAAGACGCGGGAGGAUGUGGAAAUUUUCAUCAUCUGAGUUGAUAUAACAGAUGAGUUUACUAAUAUUAUUAAACCGAACUAUAGUGCAAAAUAUGAGUAUUUCCCUUUCAGUAUUUGUA